UCCGUUGUCAGGGUGCUGGCGGCUCGGUUGCUGCAGGAGUCUAACUGGUGACAGGCCCGGCAUGGUUGUUUUGUUUUUGUUGGUUUGAUGAUACGGAAAGAGCGGGAAUGAACGGCUUCAGCACAGAGGAAGACAGCAGGGACGGGCCUCCGGCCCCCACCGCCCCGUUUUUUGGUCAGAUCUGCUGCCUGAUCGAUGGCGGAGAGCGCUGCGCUCGGCCGGCGGGCAACGCGUCCUUCAGUAAGAGGGUUCAAAAGAGCAUCUCCCAGAAGAAGCUCAAGCUGGACAUCGACAAGAGCGUACGGCAUCUUUACAUAUGCGACUUUCACAAGAACUUCAUACAAAGUGUCCGGAACAAGCGGAAGAGGAAGACCAGCGAUGAUGGCGGAGAUUCCCCGGAGCACGAGACAGAUGUGCCAGAGGUCGACCUGUUUCAGCUCCAGGUGAACACACUGCGCAGGUAUAAAAGACAUUAUAAGCUGCAGACUCGUCCAGGACUUAACAAGGCACAGCUUGCAGAGACAGUGAGUCGACACUUCCGCAACAUUCCCGUAAACGAGAAGGAGACCCUGGCCUAUUUCAUAUACAUGGUGAAGAGCAACAGAAGUCGGCUGGACCAGAAGUCCGAGAGCAGCAAGCAGCUGGACGCAUAGCUGCCAACAUGACGGGACUGACUGCAGCAGCCCUGGAAAGCCAAUGAAUUGUAUUGUACAUAGGAACCUUCGUAUUGUGCCAUAAAAAAUGGAACUGGCCUCUCCUAUCCAUGACCGAGGCUUAGGAGCACAUGUCUGUGUAAGGACUAGGGCAUGUUGGACUGUGCUUUGCAUGUGACAGGAUUAAGGUACAGUAAGAACCAACCACCAGCUUGCUUCCCCCACGCAUUUGGAGUCAAAGAAGACCGCAAAACAAUUUGAAGCAAAAAAACGACAUUCGGGCAUGUUGGCCCUCCUCGCUCCGCUCUCGGCAGCUAUGGACGGCUGAUGUGAGAUCUGCAUGUGUAAUUCUCAGCAAUAAGGUGCUGUCCAGUAUCAGUGUGACCACUGCCUUCUCUCCCAGCCCUGAUUGGGAUUCAUAUUCUUUUUAAUUUCCAUG